AUGAUGGCCAUCAUCGGCAUGUUUUUCCAGGAUGGUCUCACUGGCAGCGCUUGGGGUGACUGGGCCAACUACACUGCGUCGCCUUUGCGUGCCUUUGAAAACGAGCUUGGAGUGCAAGCGCCAGUGGGGUUCUGGGACCCGGCAGGGUUCACGGCCGAUGGUAGCACUGAGAACUUCGCCCGACGUCGCCAGACGGAGCUGAAGCAUGGUCGCAUUUCCAUGCUUGCCACAAUGGGAUACAUUACCCCCGAGAUCACCGGAAAAUUCCCGGGCUAUCUGAGCCCUUCCGCUGGUCUGAAGUUCGCCGACGUGCCCAAUGGCCUGGCUGCGAUUUCGAAAGUGCCUGCUGCUGGGUGGGGUCAGAUCUUGGCUUACAUGGCCUUCUGCGAGGUGUCCCAGGACCAGUCGGCGGGAACCCCUGCUGCGGCGGGUGACUUCGGAUUCAAGGUGCUGACUGCCUCUGACCCGGAGGCAAAGAAGACGAAGCUAGCGGCCGAGUUGGCCAACGGAAGACUUGCGAUGAUGGCCAUCAUCGGCAUGUUUUUCCAGGAUGGUCUCACUGGCAGCGCUUGGGGUGACUGGGCCAACUACACUGCUUCGCCUUUGCGUGCCUUUGAAAACGAGCUUGGAGUGCAAGCACCAGUGGGGUUCUGGGACCCGGCAGGGUUCACGGCCGAUGGUAGCACUGAGAACUUCGCCCGACGUCGCCAGACGGAGCUGAAGCAUGGUCGCAUUUCCAUGCUUGCCACAAUGGGAUACAUUACCCCCGAGAUCACCGGAAAAUUCCCGGGCUAUCUGAGCCCUUCCGCUGGUCUGAAGUUCGCCGACGUGCCCAAUGGCCUGGCUGCGAUUUCGAAGUGCCUGCUGCUGGGUGGGGUCAGAUCUUGGCUUACAUGGCCUUCUGCGAGGUGUCCCAGGACCAGUCGGCGGGAACUCCUGCUGCGGCGGGUGACUUCGGAUUCAAGGUGCUGA